GCUCCUGCGCGCUGAGGCUCCGGCGGACCUCCGGUGGACAUGGCUGCUUCCUGCUUACCCCCAGCGACGCUAACGUUAAAGCAGUUCGUAAGAAGGCAACAAGUUCUUCUCCUCUACAGAAGGAUUUUGCAAACAAUUCGGCAAGUUCCAAAUGAUUCUGAUCGCAAAUACCUGAAGGAUUGGGCAAGAGAAGAAUUCAGAAGAAACAAAAGUGCCACCGAAGAGGAUACAAUCCGGAUGAUGAUAACUCAAGGCAAUAUGCAGCUCAAGGAGUUAGAAAAAACACUUGCUUUAGCAAAAUCUUAACUAUAGCAUUACUCUGAAGGAUUUUCAAAGUCUCCAUGUGUUUUGUUGCAUUUAGGAUUAACAAUGGACAACACAAAACCCAGUCUUACUAUUUAUAUGUACAGUAUUUGGUGAUAGAGAGCAAAGGAAAACACAUCAAAACAGUUGCCUUAACACUGAAAAACAUACCCUGCAUUUUGAAAAUGUUUACAGAUGUCUCAGCAGUUUUUAAAAGAAGAAAAAAACCGCUAACAAAUGGCCAAUAGAUGCUGGACACAAUCAUUAGGGAAGUGUAAAUCAAAACUACUAUGAGGCUGGGCACAGUGGCUCACACUUGUAAUCCCAGUACUUUAGGAGGCUGAGGUAGGUGGAUCACUUGAGGUCAGGAGUUCAAGACCAGCCUGGCCAACAUGGUGAAACCUCAUCUCUACUAAAAAUACAAAAAUUAGCUUGGCACGGUGGUACAUGCCUGUAGUCCCAGCUACUUGGGAGGCUGAGGCAGGAGAAUCACUUGAACCCAGGAAGUGGAGGUUGCAGUGAGCUGAGAUCGUGCCACUGCACUUCAGCCUGGGUGACAGUGAGACUGUCUCUUAAAAAAAAAAACAAAAAAAAAAAAACAAAAACCUGAGAUUCACAUUCACUAGAAUGGCCGUAAUUAAAAAGAGAAAUAAUAUUAAGUGUUGGUGAAGAUGUACAGAAAUUAGAGAACCCUCAUACAUUGCUGGUGGGAAUGUAAAAUGGUGUAGCCACUUCAGAAAACAGACUGUGAGUUCCUCAAAAGAUGAAACAGCUGCUGUAUGAGUUAGCAAUUCUACCCCAUGCCCAUAGCCAUUAUUUGGCACUAAAAAGAAAUGAAGGACUUAUAUAUGCUAAACAUGGAUAAACCUUGAAAACGUUAAGUGAAAGAAGCCAGUCACAAGAGAUCACAUGAUGAUUCCAUUCAUACAAAAUGUCCAGAAUAGGCAGAAAGAUUAGUGGUUGCCUAGGCUGGCUGUAGAUGGAAUGGAGUAACUGCUAAUGGGUGUAGGGUUCCUUUUCAGGGUGAUGAAAAUAUCCUACAGUUAGCUUGUGGUGUAGGCUGCACAACUCUGAAUAUAUUCAAAUCCACUGAACUGUACAUUUUAAAUGUAAGGUAUGAAUUAUAUCUCUAUAAUAAAGCUGUUAUUAAAAAACUCUUGAGGUGUAGGACUGAAAGUAUACUGACACCAGGAGAUACCCUGGAACUUUCUCAAAAAAUUGUGCAUUAUCCCCGAGGGUUGUUCAGGUACCUUCUUCACAUGUGUCAUAGUUUGAUAGAGGACUCAUCAAAAAGAUCACCACUGGGAAUCUAGAUCUUUGCUGAAAAGGGAAGAGAAAGAGAAGCUUAAUGAGCUCAUUGAAGCACUUACCAGAAAGAAGAGGGAAGACUUCUGGGUGAAACCUCUGUGAGUACCUUAACAUUCACGUGGAAGUAGUAAAAAUAAGAUUCUGGGUGCAGUUCUCCUCCAAUGACAGGAAAAAAACAAAGAAUUUGAAGAAUACAUUAGAGACAAAUACGUUACAACCAAAGUUGACUUCAGGGCACUUUUGAAGGAGAUCAAAUUUAUAACAAGUAAUUUAAUGAAAGUGAAAGCUUGUGGAAGAUGUUGGAAUCAUCCAUCCUGAAAAUUGAAGUCUUCUGUUUAUCAACAGAACAGCUAAGAAGCUAAUCUAAGAAUGACCAGCACCUGAAAGAUGUAGACAACAUUUUGCAGAAUGAUAAAUAGUAUCCAGUACUGGACUGUGCCUGAGAGGCAUCAACUGUACGUGGAUGUUGAUGACCUGGACUGUCAGGGUCCACCUCUACCUCCCAGAGCCUCAGAGCCCACAAGACAAAAUAAUUCUGAAUACUGUUCCAUGGGGGUAAUCUACUAAUUCAAAAUGCCUGCCUGUGCCAAUGUUCACGUUUUUAUGUAGAUAAGUAUUAGUUAACCUGUUGCAAAAUGAUCUGACAAAUAGAAGCAUUUGUGACGUUUCUGAACAGAGAACACUUUGGAAAUAUUUUUUGUGUGACAUGAUUGAUAAAUACAUGCUCUCUAGUAAAUCUAAAAUCUUGAAAC